CACAAAGUUCUCGGGGGUGCAGCUCACAAACAGUCUGACCUGGUCCCUUCACACCUCCUCACUGGUGAAGAAGGCACAGCAGCGCCUGCACUUUCUGCACAGGUUGCAAAGAGCACAGCUCCCCCCCAUUAUAGAAGACCCCACUCGAAAUGACAAAGUUAUACUUUAUACUUUAAAAAUAUACUGGAUGAAGCUUGACCCUGUGAAAUGUGUUAUUCUACCAGGACGAAAGAAUCCUUCCCGGUGACUGAUCAGUCAUUGAUUGGGGAACAGAUGCACUCCUGAAUGUUUGUUUCCACAGGAAACUGAGCUGCUGCAGGUGGAGGUGGAUCAGAGGAGACCCUGCACAAGUCCAGAUGCACUGCUGCCCCUUGACAGGAAGGAGUCAUUGUGGAGGUGCAGGUGCAGGUGGAGGUGCAGGUGCAGGUGCAGGUGGAGGUGCAGGUGUCAGCAGUGCCACGCCCACAGACGAGAUGAACGGAGCUGGAAACUUGAUGGAUUUCCUGGACGAGCCUUUUCCUGAUGUGGGCACGUAUGAAGACUUCCACACCAUCGACUGGCUGAGGGAGAAAUCCAGAGACACGGACCGGCACCGCAAGAUCACCAGUAAGAGCAAAGAGUCCUUCUGGGAGCUGAUCAAGAGCCUGCUGGACGCCUGGUCAGGAUGGGUGGUGAUGCUGCUCAUCGGACUCCUCUCAGGUACGCUGGCCGGAGUGAUUGACCUGGCGGUGGACUGGAUGACAGACCUGAAGGAAGGCGUGUGUCUGACGGCCUUCUGGUACAGCCACGAGCAGUGCUGCUGGACGUCCAACGAGACGACCUUUGACGACCGGGACAAGUGUCCACAGUGGCAGAAGUGGGCCGAGCUGAUGACGGGCCACGCCGAGGGAGCGGGAGCAUACGUGCUGAACUACUUCCUGUACGUUCUGUGGGCUCUGCUGUUUUCCUUCCUGGCGGUGUCGUUGGUGCGAGUGUUCGCUCCGUACGCCUGCGGUUCAGGGAUCCCAGAGAUCAAGACGAUCCUCAGCGGCUUCAUCAUCAGAGGCUACCUCGGGAAAUGGACCCUGCUGAUCAAGACGGUCACCCUGGUUCUGGCCGUGUCGUCGGGGCUCAGCCUGGGGAAGGAGGGCCCUCUGGUCCACGUGGCCUGCUGCUGCGGAAACCUCUUCUGCAGCCUCUUCUCCAAGUACAGCAAGAACGAGGGCAAGCGCAGAGAGGUGUUAUCAGCGGCAGCAGCAGCUGGAGUGUCGGUGGCCUUUGGAGCGCCCAUCGGAGGAGUUCUGUUCAGCCUGGAGGAGGUCAGUUACUACUUCCCUCUGAAGACUCUGUGGCGCUCGUUCUUCGCCGCCCUGGUCGCCGCCUUCACACUGCGCGCCAUCAACCCGUUUGGUAACAGCCGCCUGGUGCUCUUCUACGUGGAGUACCACACGCCGUGGUACAUGGCCGAGCUGGUGCCGUUCAUCCUGCUGGGCGUGUUUGGCGGCCUCUGGGGGACCCUCUUCAUCAAGGCCAACAUAGCCUGGUGCCGUCGGAGGAAGACCACCCAGCUGGGGAAGUAUCCGGUCUUGGAGGUCAUCGCCGUGACGGGUAUCACCGCCUUGCUGGCGUUUCCCAACCCGUAUACCCGUCGCAGCACCAGCGAGCUCAUCUCUGAGCUCUUCAACGACUGCGGCGCGCUGGAGUCGUCGCAGCUCUGUGAUUACAUUAAUAACCCCAACAUGAGUCGGCCGGUGGACGACAUCCCAGACCGACCGGCGGGACCCGGGGUGUACAACGCUCUGUGGCAGCUCGCGCUCGCUCUCGUCUUCAAGAUCGUCAUCACUAUCUUCACCUUCGGCAUGAAGAUCCCGUCGGGGCUCUUUAUUCCCAGCAUGGCGGUCGGAGCUAUUGCAGGACGGAUCGUGGGGAUCGCCGUGGAGCAAAUGGCGUACCACCACCACGACUGGAUCAUCUUCAAGAACUGGUGCCGGCCCGGCGCAGACUGUGUCACGCCGGGACUCUACGCCAUGGUGGGAGCCGCCGCCUGUCUGGGCGGGGUGACCAGGAUGACCGUCUCCCUGGUGGUCAUCAUGUUCGAGCUCACCGGCGGGUUGGAGUACAUCGUCCCCCUAAUGGCCGCCGCCGUCACCAGCAAAUGGGUGGCGGACGCCUUCGGGAAGGAGGGCAUCUACGAGUCUCACAUCCAGCUCAACGGCUACCCCUACCUGGACGUCAGGGACGAGUUCACCCACCGCACCCUGGCCACCGACGUGAUGCGGCCCCGCAGGAACGACCCCCCCCUGGCCGUCCUCACCCAGGACAGCACCACGGUGGAGGACGUGGAGACGCUGAUCAAAGACACCGACUAUAACGGCUUCCCGGUGGUCGUGUCCCGAGAGUCGGAGAGGCUCAUCGGCUUCGUUCAGCGCCGGGAUCUCACCCUCGCCAUCAAGACCGCCCGUCAGAAGCAGGACGGCGUGGUGAGCAGCUCGGUGGUCUACUUCACCGAGGACGCGCCGCAGCUGCCGGCCAGUAACCCGCAGCCUCUGAAGCUGCGACGCAUCCUGAACCUCAGCCCCUUCACCGUCACCGACCACACGCCCAUGGAGACGGUGGUGGACAUCUUCCGCAAGCUGGGCCUCCGCCAGUGUCUGGUCACCCGGAGCGGGCGUCUCCUCGGCAUCAUCACCAAGAAGGACGUUCUGCGACACAUGGCUCAGAUGAUGAACCAGGAUCCAGAGUCCAUCAUGUUUAAUUAGCCAGAGACGAGCUUCACUCCUGCGACCGGCGGUGUAAAUAGGUGAAACCGGUGCGACGCUACUGUAACUGUGAGAAGCCCCUCCCCCCUCCUGCCAGGCCCGACCCAGCUGCUCCACGUGUGUUCAAUAUGUUCGCAACCAUCUCACACUGUCGCACACUGAGCCGAGGAAGAGUUCUGAUCAGGUGAAGCUUCUUCUCUUCAUCAUCUGAGAAGACUUUAGCACGGCUAAAGCCAAACUCUGGAUCCUCGUGUGUGUGUGUGUGUGUGUGUGUGUGACUGUGUGUGUGUCUGUGUGUGUGUGUGUGACUGUGUGUGUGUG